GACGCGUAAAAGGUUGAUAAGUGUAUGAUCUGAGCUGUGAUGCCACGUCAUAAACAUGAUCCAAAACGAAUUUGAGAUAGAUAACUCAACGGUUGUCCGUUGUCCAAUGGCAGAAGAAAAUCUCAACACACUCUAAUCAUCAUGGCUUCGCUUCAUGUCCAGUUCUCCAGGAACCAUCUCUCUACCCCCAAUCUCUCCAGUAGAUUCCGCCGUUCCACGGAGCAGAGAUCUUUCGUAACUCUUGUUCAUUGCUCCGCUAGAGAAAACGGAGACGAUGAUGUUCGAGGAAUCAAGAAGAGUUUGUUUCCUCCUGUUAAGGAGCUUGGAUGUCUCGCUUGCGCCGCUCUUUCCGCUUUCACUCUUACAUUAGCUUCUCCCGUCAUUGCCGCUAACCAGGUCCCUGCGACAUUAUGCUUUCUCUCUCCUCUUACCAAUUGCUUAAGAACUGUUUCAACAUUUCAAGAACUGAAUGAUGUUCCUUUUUUUUGUUUGUUUCAGAGACUUCCUCCGCUUUCAACAGAUCCAGCUCGGUGUGAACAAGCUUUUGUCGGGAACACGAUAGGUCAAGCAAACGGGGUGUAUGACAAGCCACUCGAUCUCAGGUUCUGCGACUACACAAACGAUCAGUCCAACCUCAAAGGCAAGACACUCUCUGCAGCCUUGAUGUCCGGCGCCAAGUUUGAUGGUGCUGACAUGACUGAAGUCGUUAUGUCAAAAGCUUACGCCGUUGGAGCAAGCUUCAAGGGGGUGAAUUUCUCGAAUGCUGUCAUCGACCGGGUGAACUUCGGGAAGUCGGAUCUAAAAGGAGCUGUGUUCAAGAACACGGUGUUGUCAGGUUCGACAUUCGACGAGGCAAACCUGGAGGAUGUGGUCUUUGAGGACACCAUCAUUGGUUACAUAGACCUUCAGAAGAUUUGUAGGAACGAGACUAUUAACGAAGAAGGAAGACUCGUCUUGGGUUGCAGAUAAAGAAGAGAUGAAGAGACUAAAGGGUUUUGGUAUGUGUAAGAAUUUGAGAGUUGACACAAAACAAUGUAUGAACAAAUAAGUACGUUAAGUGUUGAAGGAAUAUAGGAGGACUCAGAAGAGAGUUAUGAGGUUUGUAUUAUCAAUUCCUGUAAAGUUUGUUAUCAGACAAAAGGGUUUUUCUUUGUUAUUCGUUAAUUAACGAACAAUAUGUUAUCGCAUAUCGCAGGAUAUCAAAAGAACUUGGCUA